UCGUCACCACUUGACGUUAGACCGUAGUAAGUAGACAGCGAGUAGUAACAGAGAGGUGUCCAAGCUGUACCAGGCUGUUAGCUCAGUACUUUAUUUUAUAUAAAGUCUGUUUAACAUAAAACGCUAUAUUAACUUUUAUUUGAAACAGCUGCCGGGGCGUAAACUUAGUGCAAAUAUAUCGAGCGGUGUUUGUUUUGUUAUUCAUUAGCUAGGUUGCUAACCAGUCGCUGUGUGAAAUCGUUAGCUUAGCAACUGAGAGAAGACAGAGGAGCUGUACUGACAGUCGACCUAAAGACCUAAGGAACAAACAUGGGUUCCAGAGCUUCAUCGUUACUGAGAGAAGAGGACAUUGAGGAGAUUAAAAAAGAAACUGGAUUUUCUCACAGUCAGAUCACACGCCUCUACAGUCGGUUCCACAGCCUGGAUAAGGGGGAGAACGGAGCUCUCAGCCGCGAAGAUUUUCAAAGAAUUCCCGAGUUGGCCAUCAAUCCACUUGGUGAUAGAAUAAUAAAUGCUUUCUUUCCUGAGGGAGAGGAUCAGGUGAACUUCAGAGGCUUUAUGAGGACAUUGGCUCACUUUCGACCUGUAGAGGACAACGAGAAGAAUAAAGACCCCAACUCUACUGAGCCCCUCAACAGCAGGAGCAACAAACUGCUUUUUGCUUUUCGGCUGUACGACUUGGACCGAGACAAUAAAAUAUCUCGAGACGAACUACUCCAGGUGCUGCGGAUGAUGGUCGGUGUGAAUAUCUCUGAUGAGCAGUUGGGCAGCAUUGCAGACAGGACCAUCCAAGAGGCUGACACCAAUGGAGACCUGUGCAUCUCCUUCAGCGAGUUUAUAAAGGUUUUGGAGAAGGUCGACGUGGAGCAGAAGAUGAGCAUCCGAUUCCUGCACUAAAGCACCACUCGCUACAUGCUGGAGUGGACGCUGACUGAAGAUCAUUGCUGCCAAGUCUGACCGCCCAUGGUCAUUCACGUUUCGUUCUUUGGUGUCUACUUCUCUGGCCGUGUUCUCACUUUUUGUCUUGUGUUUUUAUGUUUCCGUUUGUCUGUUCUGACUGACACUGUGUAAAUUAAAGGUUAGAUAUAGAUUUAAGGGAAUAUUUCCGUGCCUUUAGAUGUUGACAGUCAGUACGCCUGUUCCCUACAGCAGAAUAACAGGACCGUUCCAAGUUCAAAUCCAACUUUUUAGAUCUGUGCAAUAAUGUGUGGUUAAUAGUGAGCUUAAAUGGGAAUUAUAACAUUAUUAUUAUUAAUAGUGAUUUUUGUCUUAGUGGAUUAUCUGUCAGCACCAAAUCUAACGCCUGUAGCGUCUCAGUUCUGUCAUUUUUCUGUAUUUUAAUACAGAGAGUUAGAGAAACAAGUGAACAAGUAGACGGUGUGCUUAUUUGAGGCCUGACAUUUGCUGAUAACUGCUUUUCCAUUCAGGUUUCCAUGAUCUUUCUGAUCUACUUCAACGGGUUGGUGGAUAAUCAGAAAUGUAGAUCAGCCAAUCAAAGUACAAAGCCAUACAUUAGUUCUGAUGUCUUUUUUACAUAGUACUGAACCCUAAAUAUUAGUAUUUUAAAUAUGAGAACAUUCCUAAGUAUUUGUUUUUAUAUACAUUUUAUUAUUAGAAAUUAUUUUAUCAAGAAUAGGGUUUUGUAAUGUGUAGUGUCGUAAAAAUAUUCACACACACCCCCCCUUCCCAGGCCUUCUGCUUACACCAGAAAGUGACUGUUGGUGUUGCUUUAUGAAGGUUCACCUAUUUAGACAAAGACUGCAAGAUUUCAACCAGAACUGGUUCACCAUUGUGGUUGUUAGCAAUUUAGCCAUGACUUAGUAUUCAAACUAUACCUAACUUCAGGCAUUUUAAAUAUAACCAGAUGACCCAAAAUUCAAACUCACAAGAAGACUUGUUUCAUAUUGUUUUGCUAUUUGCUGUGGAAGUUGGCAUUGCAGAAAUGGUUAUCACCACAAAUUCUAUUGAAAUGAAUGUAACCUGUGAAUAAACAAAAAGCUUAUUUUUUUAAUGCAGUUUAAAAACUAAAACAUGAACUAUUAAUAAAGACUCGUCCACCACUUUAUUGUCUUCUAAUUAGACAAUUUAAACCCUAUUUUAUUUUAGUAGUUGUAAGUAGUUCAAGUACUUGUGAGGUCUUGCCACAGGUGACCGAUAAUGUUAAAAUUAGGACUGCGCCUGGGCCCUUAAUUCAUUUUUAUUUUUACCAACACUUAAUCUCAGUCAGGGCCACCUCCCAUCCCCCAAUACAGCCAGUCAUGUCUGUAUGUAGACCCAUGACCGGCCAAUGGCACCACUGUUGAUUUGAAUCCUGGAUCCCAGUGGUAAUGGGUUAGCAUAGUUAACACUUUUCUGCACACUAUUAAUUCCCAAACAAUCUUGACCAGAUUGCUUGUACCUGCAGCUAAAAAAAAAAAUGAUGCUACCACCAGCAUAUUUCACAGGUCUAUUAUAUUUUUAUCAGACCACAAGAAUUUUUGCUGCAUCAUGGACUCCUUCAAGUGCAAAGUGAAGUUACAAAGUGCAACUACACUAAAGCCUUAUUUGUUUAGGACCUGGUAUGUAGUUGAUCUUAAAAACAUCAGAAACAUCUGCUUCAGUCACAACUUUGACGUCGCAGCACACUGGUUUAUAAAUCAGCUUGAAACGCUUGAUUAUUCCUGACACGUCUGAUCUAAGACAAUGAAAUAUGGAAACACUUCAGGAGGCUGCAUGUUCAGUUUUCUCAGGUUUUGUCUGUCAGCUCUGACGAUCAGUGAUCUGUCCACAACGAAUACGAAUAGCAGUAGCCGCUCAGUUUGACGGCCUUCUUUCACCAAGUCCCGAGCCAUUAACUGCUUCCUGUUCAGUAGAAUAGACAGACAUCAGGCCUUCACAACUUGAAUUGCUGUACAUUUAUAGCUCUUUAAAUGUUUUUUCUGUGUACAGUCAGUUUAACAUGUGUUAUCCAAUAAAUUAUAGACGCCAGGGUGAGUUACACCCUGUUUAUUAAUGUCACUGUGUAUUAACUUGGGGUACAAACACACCUUAGCAGGGCUCGCUGUUUUUUUUUUCCGUGUGUAGAUCUGUAUAGUUACAGACCAGUAGGUGAUGACUGAUGAAAUUAGAGGGUUUAAAUAAUGUACUAGCUCGUAGCAUCAACUCAGUUUUAUGAUCAUUGUACUACUCAGUAGGAAUUUAACAAUCAUGAACGCUGUCAUACAAGCAUUAUGAAAGAAACAAGUGUAUAUUUGAUUUAUUUUUUUCUUUUUUGAUCAAAUAAAAUGACCAUGAAAAGG